CGUCACGUGAUCUGGCACUCAUUAACUUCGGAGUUGGCACUCCCGGCACAAAUGCGCUAUAGUUUACUAAAACGCUCGAAUGUUAUGAGCUCGAAAUGGUUGCGAUGCCGCUUCCAAAAGGCUGAUUCGUCGGUCAAUUUGAUCUGCUUUCCCUGGGCGGGAGGCGGAACCAGCUACUACACGGGUUCGUGGGGACGGAAGCUACAAAACACAGGGAUCGAAGUCCAUGCUGUAUGCUUGCCUGGGAGGGAGAACAGAUACAAGGAACCAUUCUAUCAAGAUUGGCAAGCAUUAGUUUCUGACUUUUGCAAAGACAGCCACAAAGAACUUGGGAGAAAGCAGUUCGCCUUUUGGGGACACAGUUUUGGGGCACUUUUUUGUUAUGAGGUUGCUGUUAAGUUAAAGUAUCAAUAUGGAAUAGAAGCUUGUCAUUUACUUGUAUCUGGAGCAAGUGCCCCACAGAUUCCGAGACCUUCCCGAGGAUAUAACGACCUUUCAGACGAAGAUUUGGCGGAGCGUCUCCGAAGUUGGGGCGGAACUCCGAGUGCGAUACUAGAAAAUAAAGAGAUAAUGGACUUGAGUGUAAAAAUGCUACGUGCAGAUCUCACGCUUUUAGAGAAGUACAGGUACUCAGGGGAAUCAACGGAGUCGAUUCUCUCCUGUCCAAUAACGAGCUUCGAUGGGGAUAAAGACCUUCACGAAAAAAAAGGAUUCAGUGAACUUACGACUGGGGAAUUUUCCAGUCACGUGCUCCCGGGCGGACAUUUUUAUUUCUUCAACAACGAGCGGCCCCUUCUGGACUUGAUAGAAAGCCAUCUUCUCCCUAUAUUCUCAAAGUCAGCAACAGCGACGUCACGAUGAUAAAGAAUAAAACCUGUAAAAAAAAUGUCGACAACAACGCAGAGUUGUUUAAAAAAAAACGAUAUCUCGGCAGGCCAAUACCUGCCUUUUUCAGGUUAUAAAUAAGUUACAGUGGCAUGUUACAGCUAGUAUAUAUGUACAAAGUUCAUUGAUGAUUAAACUUACAAACGAUAAAAAUA